CAGUCUCUUGCAGAAAUGUUGGAUAAGGCUGUGUACAAUAGACCCUUGUGGUCCGACCAUUCCUUGGACCCCGCACAUAGUGGGAGCUUGAUUGCACCGGGAUACUCUUUAAGUACUAUUGACGUGGAGAUAGAAUUUUUGAGUUUAUAAGGUCUGGAUUCUAGAAAAUGCAGCUUAUUUAUAUGUAUUAAGUGGAUAUUCAAACAAAAAUAUAGAGUUUUGAGGCAAAACCAUUGUAUUCUCCCGGACCAGUAGGCAAAGCUCUCGCUCCGUCCUUCCUGACAUGGUGGUCAAUCGGGAGGUGUUAGAUUUUUAUUUUCUGUAUUAUUUUCCCCUUUUUGGAUAAAUGGGAUUCAUGUGGGGUUUUCAUUGUUUUGUAGCUUUGAGGCGAUAUCAAGCAACCCACUGGUUGAAAUGUUUCAUCGGGCCAUUAGUUAUAUCAAGCCAACCGUCUGAGAGAGAGUUUGUUUCUUGUUUGAGAAGUGUCUUUGUACUUUGCAAUUUAAUUAACAAAGUUCAACCAGGAUCAGUUCCGAAGGUUGUAGAAAUCCACACUCCUUCACAGUCAACCAUGUGGAAUUCUCAGCCACUGCCAGCAUAUCAAUAUUUUGAGAACAUCCAGAACUUUUUAGUAGCCGCGGAAGAUUUAAGGCUACCAGCUUUUGAGGGAUCUAUUUUUGAAAGGGAUAAUAUUGAGGUAGGUUCGUCGACUAAGGUUGUGGAUUGCAUUUUGGAACUUAAAGCAUAUCACGAGUGGAAGCAAAUGACUGGAGGCGUCGGAUGUUAUAAGCCUCUAAGGUCUCCUCUCUUGACCCCUUCAAGAGGAAGGAUUCAAGAACAAACACAUGUGACAAUCAAUUCUGAUAGUCAUAGGCGAUUGGAAAUGUCGGCUAGCUUUCCAAAACAAUCACCAACAGAUGAAGAAAUUAAGAAACUUGAAAGGUCUUUAUAA